UGUUGAAACUUCAGCUCCGUUACCGUAACGACAGCAUCAUGUCCAUCGUCCCAGAGCCUCCCGAGAAGGCAUCGCUGUACAGACGAGAGAGGGAGAAAGAAAACGACUUCCCGCUCCGCAGUCUCUCUGACUUCGAUAGUGACAACAUGGAAAUGGAGUGUGAAGAUGGCCCUAACUCUGUGAUCUCGUCGUCAUCCUCCCAUCAAUCAGAGGGAAUGGACACGUACGAUCUGGAGCAGGUCAACAAUAUCUUCAGGAAGUUCUCUUUGGAGAGGCCGUUUCGCCCGUCUCUGUCCUCCUUCUCCAGAAUCAGCUCCACCAUCAAGCCGGUGCAGGAGGUGGCGCUGCAAGGCGACAACCUCUUGAAGGACGUCAUGCUGGUCGGUGGCAACGAGAGCGGGAUUUUCAUCUCGUCGGUUCAGGCUGGGUCCAACGCCGAGAGAGCAGGGCUGCGAGAAGGCCACCACCUCUUGCUGCUGGAGGGAUCCGUAAGAGGGGAGAACCAGAGCCUUUCCCUGGACACCAGCACUCAGGAAGAAGCCCACUGGACGUUGCAGCACUGCUCCGGACCAAUCAAGCUGCACUAUCGAGCCAGUUUUGACUCUUAUCGUCGGCUCCAGAGCAACCUGUCCGACGGCACGCUGGCGUCUGGAGACUCCUUCUACAUCCGAGUCAACCUGAACAUCUGCGGACAGUCGGACAGCUGCUCCCUGAACGUGCGCUGCGACGAGGUGGUGCACGUUCUGGACACCAGGCACCAGGGCCGCUGCGAGUGGCUGUGCGCCCGCGUCGACCCCUACAGCGGAACGGACCUGGCCGAGCGCGGCACCAUACCCAGCAACUCGCGAGCUCAGCAGCUGCUGCUGGUAAAGAUUCAGAAGUUCGUCUGUCGAGGAGGGAAGGAAGAAAAUGAAGGCCACCGCACCAGCAGGGCAAGCAGCUUACAGCCAGAAGAGGCCGGCUCCCCUCCUGAUAUUAAGGCCAGCCCUCGCUUGUCCAGAGCCAGUAUCUUCCUCAAUCAGAUCCUGCAGUUUGUCAGCAGGGUGGAUAUCAAGUACAAGCGCCUGAACAGCAACGAGCGCGUGAGGAUCAUCAACACUUGCAGUGCAACACUAGCGAGGCAAAGCUUCGAGCUGCUCAGACAAGAAGACGCUGCUGACCCCGACAACGAACUGAGCAGAAGCUUGAACCUGAUCCCUUACAGUCCCGUCACGCCUCAGCGGACCCAAAGGCGAAGACCGGUUCUCUUCACUCCGGCCGCACUGGCCAAGACCAUCAUCCAGAAAAUACUGAACAUGGGCGCAGCCAUGGACUUUAACAUCUGCAAACCAGAUACCCUAACCAAGGAGGAGUUUCAUCUGAAACAGAACAUUGAGCCCUUCAUUCACUACAAGGAGAAGCAGGCCACAUUCGAAUGUAUCACCCGAGAAAACAUCGAAGCCGUCGCUGCCAAGGGUAAACACUGCCUGCUGGAGGCCGAGCUGAGCUGCGUCAAGGACCUUCUGCGGCGAGAAAUCUACCCCAUUAUCGUUUAUGUCAAGAUCUGUGAGAAAAAUGUCAAGAAGCUAAGGAAGCUGCCUCUGCGCGUGGAGUCGGAGGAGGACUUUGUGAGGUUGUGUCGGGCGAAAGAGAAGGAGCUGGAGGCCAUCCCUUGCCUGUACGCCACCCUGGAGCCCGACUCCUGGACGGGGAUGGAGGACCUGAUAAGGGUCAUCAAGGACAGAAUUUUGGAGGAGCAGAAGAAGACGAUCUGGGUGGAGCAGGACCUGCUGUAGGCCUCCUGUGCGCCAGUCUGUACAUUUAAAUACGUGUGUAGCUAAAUGCAGUAAACCACAAAACUUGUAAAUCUACUGUAGCUCUCGUUUUAUAUUUAUAGUCAGACUCAAAGAGACCCAAACAAAUGCAUUAUGUAUUUUGUAAAAUUGUAUUUCAAUUUUCUAAAGAUAAACGAAUUUAAAAUCCCUAAUGUGAAGAUUUUCUUAUUAAAAAAAAACAUCUGACA